AUAAACCUCUCCAACUCGUUCGAGUUUGCUGGCUGGGGCUCUGUGACGAGUCUAAAACUCACUGAGGAAGACCGUGACGCGGGAAAAGCACAGAUUGAAUGCGUGAAAAAACGACGGGUUUUGGGUCAGUUCACGGCGAGUGCGCUUGCGGGAAAUGAUAUCCUUGGAGGCAUUUUUUAUGUGAUACCCGCCGUUGUUGGGGUCGGAGGGAUUUACUCGCCCAUUUCUCAAUUUAUAGCGACGUUGAUCCUUUUCUUGUGGCGUCCUAUAAUGGAGGAACUUGCAUCAGCUUUACCAAUGAGCGGCGGGCCAUAUACAUACCUGCUGAACGUAUCCUCGAAAUGUUUUGCUCUGAUCGCCGCAUCCCUUCUACUCCUUGAUUUCGCUUCAACCGUUAUCGUCUCCGCUGCCACCGCAGCCGCCUAUCUAGCUGGCGAAGUCUCCAAUUUACCAUUUCCUUCUUGGGUUGGGGCAGUCAUCAUCUUAGUACUCUUCACGAUGUUAAGUCUCUCUGGUGUACGUGAAACUGCUCGUAUCGCCUUGGUGGUUCUUAUUCUCCACUUAAUAACUAUGGCCAUACUUAUAAUCGCAUCGUCAAUUCAUUGGGCAAACAUCGGAACCUACCAGCUCAAAGUUAAUUGGGAUCUUGGGCGCUCCGAAACCUCAAGCACCAGUUCAGUAGCGAAACAAAUAUUUUAUGGCGUAUGCCUUGGUAUGUUGGGACUCACUGGAUUUGAAUGCGCACCGUCGUACACAUCCUGCAUCAAACCUGGGAAAUAUCCACUCGUCCUUAGAAACCUACACCUUCCAGCCAUCUUUUUGAACACCGUUUUUAUGAUUCUCGUUCUGGCGAUAAUUCCAAUGGAUGUAGUCAAAGGUGGUGCGAACGUCCUUAGCGUUCUUGCUCAAUUGUCCGCAGGCAGGUGGCUUCGCAUUUGGGUGGUGAUAGAUGCCGUCAUCGUGCUUUGCGGAGGUGUCCUCACAGGGAUACUCAGCGCCUGUGAACUCUUGGAACAGCUUGCGAGUCACCGUGUAAUUCCACAGGUGUUCCUUCGCCAAUUGCCUGUGACACGGUCCCCAUACAUAGCUGUAGCAUGUUUUGCGGGAUUUAGCGGCAUACUGUACGCGUCGGCAGGUGCGAGUUUGAAUAUCAUAUCUGAGAUGUUUUCUCUCGUCUGGUUAACAGUUAUGGCCCUAUUUCCCAUCUCCUUAAUCCUGUUGAAAUUCAACCGCGGUCGACUCCUUCGAGACUCAGAAACAAAAUUAAUGGUUAUCCUCGGCGCCCUAUUGAUCGUACCUGCCGUCUUCGCUGGGAACGUUGCUAUAAAUCCACAAAUGGCCGGAUAUUUCCUCGCGUACUUCAUCGCGAUCGUCGUUCUUUUCUCAGCGACGCAAAAUAAGAUUCAUUUGUUGCGUUGGGUGUAUUGGCUGUACGACCAAUAUCCGAUAUUGCAUGACUGGAAGGUGACACAUGCUUGGGGAAGCAAAUUGAUGACAUUGAUGACAAGAUUGAGGAGAAGACCGUUGUGUAUUCUGGCCAAGACGGAUGAGAUCAAUCAGUUGUUCCAUAUGAUCCUUUACGUCCAGAAAAACGAGGAAACGUCCCACUUGAAGAUAAUUCAUUUUUAUGAAGAGGAAGACGGGGUACCUUCGGAGCUUGAGGCGAAUUCUAAAAUACUCGACGAAGCGUUCCCGGAGAUAACGAUAGAUUUAAUUUUGGUGCAAAAUGACUUUAAUCCCAAGAACGUAGCUGCUCUGGCACACCAUCUAAACAUCCCUCCAUCCCUCAUGUUUAUGAAUUGUCCU